AAUUUGUCUUCGAUACCGAAUCGUAAAACUAACCGAACGUUAUUCUACACCCGGCUAUUAAAGAUGCUAUUCUACUCAUUCUUCAAAUCUUUGGUCGGUAAAGACGUAGUCGUUGAACUAAAAAAUGAUUUAUGCAUUUCUGGAACCUUACAUUCUGUUGAUCAAUUCUUGAAUAUCAAACUUACUGAUAUAAAUGUCACCGAUCCUGAGAAGAAUCCUCAUAUGCUAUCAGUGAAGAAUUGCUUUAUACGAGGAUCAGUUGUUCGCUAUGUCCAAUUACCAGCUGAGGAAUGCGAUACUCAACUUUUACAAGAUGCUGCUAGAAAAGAGGCAGCUCAGAGUAAAAGUCGAUAA